AUGGCUGAUCAAACAGUGCUGAAGGCUUUUAAGCGCUUUGACAAAGACGGGUCGGGAUCAAUCACACGAGAAGAGCUCGGUCAGGUGUUGAAGGAACUGAAAAGCUCCGAAUGGGAUGAUGACUCCAUUGAUGAGUUGCUGGCAGCUGCUGAUUCCAGUGGUGACGGGCAGUUGCAGGUUGAGGAGUUCGUGAAAUGGGUCUUUGCUGAAGAACAGACCAUCUCCUCCGGUACGACAGGAAAGUUCAAGUUGCGAGUUUCAGGCUGUUCAAGACCGGAGCUGAACGGUGACUAUGUGCAACAGAAGGAGUUCUACUACCGCAGGCCAAUAUUCCAUUGUCUUGAGAAUGAGCGCUACCUGUUCUACCAUGGCAAGAGGCAGCAGUGGCAGAUCUUCUCAAGCACAGGAACUACCGCUUCUGCUCGAUUGAAAACCUUUCGGGCAGCUCACAUGCCGGGUCACAAGAAGAGCUUCAUCAAAGAGUCUCGUAUGAAAUGUACCGCAGAGCCGAGUAUGACAGCAGAAGAAGAGUUCGCCAAAGCUGCCGAUGCAAUCAAGUUUGAUGAGAUUUUCUUCAAGAAGACCGACCAGACUUUGGGCAACCGACCCGUUUACAAACAAUGGAAAGGCGAUGACUGGGCUGAGCGUUUCCUCUUCUAUGAAGGACCAAAGAGUAUGUGGAAGAUUGGAAACUCAGCGGUCUUCGGGAGGCCCUCCUUGUACACCUCACGAACAACCGAUGUGUAUUCUCCAGAUUUGGCCCUUUGGAUGGACGAGGCUCGUGGUGGGAAGAUUGCCGUGCUGGCAGUGGACACAGAUGGAGUCCCCAAUGGCAUGCACGGUGGUUUGAAAAUCCAAAAACGGAUCAAAGAUGGAUGGAAAGAUCCGGCCUUCCCCCACAACAAUGACUCGGUUGGUGAAAAGGCGGCUAGCAAAUGCAAGUACAGUCGAUGGCUUAGAUCCAUGGCUCUACAUCCUCAUCCUGCUCUCUUUGCAGAUGUAGAGCCUGCGGAUGCAUGCCAAGGCACUGUUGGCAACUGUUGGCUGAUAGCGGCGAUGUCCGCCUUGGCGGAAUUCCCAUCCUACAUCAAGAACAAUCUCUUUGUGACCAAGAAGGUUUCCAGGGACGGCAAGUACCAAGUGAAGCUCUAUGAUGGCCGUACCAAACGCUGGGAAAUCAUAGAAAUUGAUGACUACUUGCCAUGCACGCCUUGGGGUGGAGACGAACCAGACCUACUCUUUGGAACAAUCAAAGAUGGAAAGAUGUGUAUGGCGCUACUUGAAAAAGCUUUCGCCAAGAUGUACGGCAGCUGGUCUGACCUCACAGGUGGCUUUCAAGCCGUAGCUUGGUUCCACAUGACCAGCUGCACAGAAUUCAUGUGUUACAGCGCAUCUUACCGUGGAUCGGCACCGAAGUGGGUGGUCACUGAAAGUGGCGGAAUUCCGGUGUUUGCGGGACAUUCCAAAGACAAAGCCAAGAAGCGUAUAGGCCAACUUGGAGAAGGCGCGCAAUUCUUGGAGAAGCAGAGGAUUGGAUCUUGGAUGGAAUUUGAGAAGCUCGAGGGCGAAGGAGCUGCAUCUGGAUGGAUGCGAUACUACGGGAAUGGCCGGCGGCUGGCCAAGCGGACCGCCGCGAAUGAGCUACGCAUCAUUGUCAUUGAUGCUGCCGUGGUGCCCGAACAGGCGAUGGGAGCCAUUUGCUCUGGAGGGGACAAGACAGCGGUCAGCAAAGCCUUCAAUUACAAGUUCAAGCAGUAUGUGGAGGUGGAGGAAAUGUGGCAACGGCUCAUGGACUAUGACAAAGGAAAUUACCUAAUGGCAUCUUCAGCUUCAAAGUCCCGAAUUGAAAGAGAUUCUGGGAUGGUCCAUGGUCAUGCCUACAGCGUUCUGCACGCAGUCGAGAUAGAUGGCCUCAGGUUGGUUUGCUGCCGAAAUCCAUGGGGCAAUGAAUCCGAAUGGAACGGACCUUGGAGUGACCGCAGCUCCGAAUGGAAGGCCAAUCCCAAGAUCGCUGAAGCGUUGAACGUGGAUUUCCAAACGGAGGGCAGCUUCUGGAUGGAUUUCGAGGAUUGGCUGUAUGUCAUGGGACAGCUGAAGGUGAUGAUUUGUCAAAUGCCAUCGAGACGUGGUGACUUUCACAAUCAGAUCGUAGAAGAGGACGAGGAGGAGCAGGAGGAUUCUGAAGAGGUGGAUGUGGAUGAGGAGCGGCCAGACCAGCUUCGGGUAUUGGUGGCGGGCACCUGGACCAUUCAAUAUCAAGCUCCAGCCAAGCUGUACGUGUGGGCAGCUCAAGGACAGUUCAAUGGUGGAGUAGAUGAAGCGCUCAGCGCAGACGGUUGGACAGCGGAAGCUGCCGAAGGCUUCUGCGGUGGUGCCCUUUCUUUGAAUUUGUGGAGUAAGCAGUUUGACACGGGAUCCACCUACAGCAUUGAGAUCACGGCGGACACCAUGAUCGGCGGUGUGAUUGGCACAUCUCCCUGUGCCCCAUGCGUGCCAGCCAGACCUCCGACAUCAAGUGCAGCAGUGACUGAUUGCUCAGGGUUGGGCGUGGAUUGGCGGCCUGCACAGAUCCUGGAAGAGGGACUUCUGUUGUAUCCAGAAAAAGGCUACAAAUUCCAGAAUGUGCCAGCCCCGCUUCUUGGUGGGACAUACAUUGGCAGCCACCUUUGGCCAAUGGCUGGCACUUGGACCAUUCAAUACCAAGCUCCAGCCAAGAUCUACGUGUGGGCCGCCAAGGGCGAGUACAACGGUGGAGUCGACGAGGCGCUGCGUGGCAACGGUUGGGUGGCGGAAGCUGCGGAGGGCUUUUCGGGUGGUGGACUCGACCUGAAUUUGUGGAGCAGGCACUUCACGACAGGGUCCUCCUACAAGAUUCAGACUACGGGUCUCAUGUGUGGCGGAGUGGUGGGCACACCAUUGAAGUGCAGUGGAAAAGUGACAGGUUGCUCAGGUCUGGGCGUUGGAUGGAAUCCGCCGAGAGGAAUGGCAGAGGGCAUCCUCAUUUACACGGACAAAGACUAUUCUUUCCAGAAUAUACCUGCCUGCUUGGCCAGUGGUACCUACAUUGGCAGCCACUGUUGGCCCUCACCAGGCACGUGGACCAUCGAGUACGAUGCUCCUACCACCCUGUAUGUGUGGGCUCAGCAAGGCAAAUACGGUGGAGGAGUUGACGCGGUGCUCAAAGCUGAUGGUUGGGUUUCAGAAGAUGCAACUGACUUCAAGAAUGUGGCGCUUGAUUUGGACGGAUUUGGUAGUGGACUUCCGCUGAAUCUGUGGAGCAGGCAUUUUGCCACCGGUUCCUCCUACAGCAUCCGGACCAAUGAGCUCAUGAUAGGUGGUGUGGUUUCUGAAUGUAGUGACGUUUAA